AUGCCUCUCGACUAUAAUCCUGAAAAAGAGGUCCCCGAUCUCACGGGGAAAUCAAUAUUCAUUACAGGAGGAACCGGCGGCCUAGGCGCAGCAUCAGCAAUCCACCUCGCCAAGCACAACCCAUCACACAUCUACCUCAGCGGCCGCAACGCGACAAGCGCAGAAAAAGUGAUCAAACAGAUCCAUGAAAUCAACCCCAAUCUUGCAGUCACAUUCAUUGAAUGCGACCUAGCAUCCCUAACCUCCGUCAAAAACGCCGCCGAGCACUUCACCAGCCAACACCCAACCUUAGACAUCCUAAUGUGCAACGCCGGGAUAAUGGCCCAACCCCCCGGCCAAACAGUCGACGGCUACGAGCUCCAAUUUGGCACCAACCAUCUCGGCCACGCACUGUUAAUAAAAAAGCUCCUACCCCUCCUCGAAGCCUCCGCCGACCCGCGCAUCGUGCUCCUUACCUCGCAGGCGUGGGGUCUGCACCCACGCGGCGGGAUCAGUUUCGACAAGCUAAAGACGACGCAGGAUAUCGCGUUCGGCGGGCCGUGGCUGCGGUAUGGACAGAGUAAGCUGGCGAAUUUGGUGUACGCGCGCGAGCUGGCGAAGAGGUUUCCGGCUAUCACGUCGGUGUCGGUGCAUCCUGGUAUUGUGGGGACGGGUCUUGCUGAUAGUCUUGGGAUUAAGGAGAAGAUGCUUGUUUAUGCCACUAGUUGGUGGAGGGUUUUGCAGCCGCAUGAGGGUGCGUUUAAUCAGACUUGGGCUGCUACUGUGGACAAGGCGGAGAUUCGGAAUGGAGGGUAUUAUGAGCCUGUUGGGAAGUUGAAGGAUGGGAAGCUUGAUGCGACGGCGAGGGAUGAGGCGCUUGCGGAGAGGUUGUGGGAUUGGACCGAGGAGGCUUUGAAGGGAUUUUGA